UGGCUUUAAAAGGCCUUCGGCUUACGUUUUUACACGUCUCACCGCGCUUUUUGUGAUGUUGCUGAGUGACCUUGUGGUUUAUUUGUCCACAUUAUUUAUUAGUGUUUAUGGAGAUGACAGAAAUUCAUGUGCACUUGCUGGCUUUACUCCCUUACUAAAAUGUUCGUCGUGUUUAGAACUGAAGAAAUUCCAGUUGCAAAAGCUUGAGACAUCUUGUACUCAGUGCUGUGAAGAUGAAAAUGUGUCUGUAGUAUCCAAGAAAUAUCCUUUUGCUGAACUGGUCACAUGUUCCUGAUCUUUAGAACGCUAUCCCCAAGUGCUUGGUAAGUUUUAGAAUAUAAGUAACUCAAGAACCAAAUAUAUAUCAGUGUUUUUAAGUUUAAAAUUUGCCCUAAUUCAAGCAGGAUUGUCUCAUUAUAUCACAAUACAUUCCACUUGCCCAAAAUUAAGCCCAUUUUGACCAUUAUAUAGCCCUUCUUUGCCUAUUUCGCUUCGACUGCUCGCUGCAGUGGUGUAAUAGAACUACGAUUCAGAUUUGCCAGUGAUCUAUCAAGUUGUUAACAGUGUCUCGAGUGAGAGCAGUUGGUUUACGAAAAAUAAAUGGCCUGGUAGUACGUUUCAGCCGUUAGAGUAAGCAUUCAUCGACAGUAAGGAGAGAAAGAAAAUGACUAACCUGAAAGUGGUAUACGAAAGAGGUCAUAGACCUGCAGUUCGUAUGCUUAACGAAAACCGCCAAUUACAAGAAGAAAUUCCAGUCGACACUUGGGAUAGCGACACAAUAACCGAAUUCCUUAAUGAACGUCUAACCCAUUAAAAACAGCACAACCAUUCUUUUAUUCAUGGUCUAUCAUUUGCACUUGUGAUCUGUAUGAUGAUGCAUGAACUAAACUUCAUCCAUGAAAUGUUCUGCAUCUGAUGUUUGAUCCAGAGUGCUUAUGAUAUACGUUGUAUUAAUUUACAUCGUGUGCUGAUUCUUUCUGUAAAGUUUUCUUUUACUAUCUUUUCUUUUUAUCUGUUAGAAAGUACCUUAUGCAUAAUUUUAUGUGCUUGUUUAAAAAACACCAUUGAAAAGGAUUUUACAUCAUAAUAUUUAGUAUUUUAUCGCUUAGCAUGAAGUAAACUUCAUGUCGUUUUUUAUUUGUUAUGGAUUUUAUUACGUUCAUUUAAAUAAAUGACUGAACUUUUUUUACACUUUCAAGUCUGGAAGUAUUCUUUGAGUAAAAUUCUUUGUAUUCAGUUUAUUUUUUGUUUAUGAGAGAAACCCCAUUUCGACGAUUUUCAUAUUAUACGCUCCAACUACUGUUACUUUGUUGGAUUUAUCCGCAUUGCUGUUGUUAUUGUUGUUUGCACUGUAGAUAAGAUGGAAUGCAGCUUAUGGUUGUACAGGACUGCAGGUUGGGACGUUAUAGAGCAUCAUUGCACACUUCCAUCGUUUCAGAACCCGCUCACAUCUCUUAUAAGAUUUAUUUGUUAAACGUUAUCUGUAGUUUUCAUUAGAUAUCUAUUUGAUAUGCUUAUCCAAACACCUAAUCUAGAGUAUACAUGUACCUAGAAAGGCGAUUAUUGUUUUCUGAUAAAAAAUCAGUUGAAUUGGGGAUAAUAAUGCACUUACGGUUAAGUAUGAUAACUUUAAAGCCAUCUUACCAAUACAAAUAUCAAUGCAA